UCUAGUAGUAUGUCGGGAUACGAUAAGCAGACGUCAUUCUGAAAUUGCAUAUUCACAUUAACUUUAACUUUCUUGCUUCUAAAAGAAAAAAAAACAAAAAAAACACUUAUGAAGUGGUAUCCAAAUGCGCUAUAGAUUCAGAGUAAAAGAUCAUGAAUAAUACGUCUGCAAAGGUUUCCCAUGUCUCCACCAGCACCGUCUUACCAGCAACACAAAAGAACCUAACAACGCGAAAGAUUGAAUUGAAUCCAAUGGAUUUUAGGCCAUUUAGACGCUUGUACGCUCAAUCGGGUCUUCUGUUUGCUAAACCAAAAGCUACCAGUGAUAGCCGUGAUUCCAAUCAAGAAGACUUAAACAAGAUUAUUAGUAACCUAGAGAGUUCUUUAUCACAAACUCUCGACUAUUUUUAUCCUCUUGCAGGUCGUAUUGGCAUGACAAAACACGAGGAUGAUGGUACUAUAUCUUUCUAUAUAAACUGCAACUCUGCUGGUGUUGAAUUCAUCCAUGCUGUGGCAGAUGUUACCGUCGCUGAUCUUCUUGAACCAACCUACACUCCUGACAUCAUCGACUCCUUUUUCACUUUUGAUGGCAUACCGAAUUAUGAAGGUGUAUCAUUACCAUUGCUUUCUAUACAAGUAACGGAAUUAAUUGACGGUAUCUUUGUAGCCUUCAGCUUCAAUCACAUCGUGUGCGAUGGUGCAUCCUUUAGUCAUUUCAUAAAUUCAUUGUCUCAGAUCUCCAGAGGCUCAACUCAUAUAUCACAUACUCCUGCUAUUCUUGAACCUCGCUGGUUGCCAAGGAAAGCCAGUUUUCCCAUCCAUUUACCCUUUUCAUCCAUUGACGAACUUUUAGUAGAAAAAUAUAUCCCGUCUCCAAAAUUAAGGAAACAAUCAUUUCAUUUCACCCCACAGAACAUUGCAAAACUUAAAGGAAAAGCCAACUCAGAAUGUGGCACUACAUUUUCAUCCUUACAAGUUGUAUCUGCUCAUGUUUGGGUAGCAGUAACACGAGCUAGACAUUUACAUCCAAAUGAAAACGUUACUUAUCAGUUUGCGAUCAACAAUAGGGACAGACUAGAUCCACCUUUACAUAAAGGAUACUUUGGCAACGCAGUUCAGGUUGGGACUGCAACGGUUAAAGCAGGAGAGUUACUGGAGAAAGGAAUUAGCUCUGGAGCUUCAUUACUGAAACAAAUUGUUGAAUCUUGCACUAACAUUGAGAUUCAACCCUAUUGGGAAUCAUGGGUGGAGAAUCCUGUUAUGCCUUCGUCUUUUGACAUCACAUCAUCUACUAAUUUGGUGGUAGGGGGAUCGACAAAGUUCGAUCUCUACAGCUAUGAUUUCGGGUGGGGUGCACCACUAGCUUGUCGAUAUGGGAGCAACUACAAGUUUGAUGGGAUGAUUAUGGCCGACCCUGGUCCUGUUACUGGAGUUAUAUCUUUUGGCAUUUGCCUGCCUUUCGAGAUAUUAAGGGCGCUAGAGAAUGAUGUUGAGUUCAUGGAGACUACGCGCACAGUCUUACCACCUGAGUAUUCCAGCACCAAAACGAAAUCUCUAUCGAAGUUAUAGCUGUACUAUUCUCUUGUUAUCUUUAUGAAAUAUCCAUAUUUGUUGUGA